UGAAAUGCUCCAGCAGGUGGCGGUAGUGUCCCAUCAUUUUAUCCAGGCGGAACUCUUUAGGUCCAGUUUCAGGUUUCUGACGGACAUUUUACGGAGCCGUGCCAAGCGAGGAGCGAAAACAGAAGCUUUUGCAGAGUUCACCUUCCAGCUGCAGAACCAUGAAUGUGAACCAAGGGACGGUGGGCAGCGACCCGGUCAUCCUGGCUACGGCCGGAUACGACCACACGGUCCGGUUCUGGCAGGCCCACAGCGGGAUCUGCACCCGGACGGUCCAGCACCAGGACUCCCAGGUGAAUUCUCUGGAGGUCACACCUGACCGCAGCAUGAUAGCUGCUGCAGGCUAUCAGCACAUCCGCAUGUAUGACCUGAACUCCAACAAUCCGAACCCUGUCAUCAACUACGACGGUGUCAGCAAGAACAUCACAUCUGUGGGUUUCCAUGAGGACGGGCGCUGGAUGUACACGGGAGGAGAGGACUGCAUGGCUCGCAUCUGGGACCUCAGGUCCAGGAACCUGCAGUGCCAGAGGAUCUUCCAGGUCAACGCUCCCAUUAACUGCGUGUGUCUACAUCCCAACCAGGCUGAGCUGAUAGUGGGAGACCAGAGCGGCGUCAUUCACGUCUGGGACCUGAAAACGGAUCACAAUGAGCAGCUGAUUCCAGAACCCGAGGUUUCCGUCAACUCGGUCCACAUCGACCCAGACGCCAGCUACAUGGCUGCAGUCAACAGCUCGGGAAACUGCUAUGUGUGGAACCUGGCUGGAGGAAUGGGAGACGAAGUCACCCAGCUGAUUCCCAAGACCAAGAUCCCGGCACACAAACGCUACUCCCUGCGCUGCAAGUUCAGCCCAGACUCCACACUGCUGGCCACAAGCUCAGCAGACCAGACCUGUAAAAUCUGGAGGACGUCGAAUUUCUCCCUCAUGACGGAGCUGAGUAUCAAGAGCAACAACCCUGGAGAGACCUCUAGAGGCUGGAUGUGGGACUGCGCUUUCUCUGGGGACUCCCAGUACAUCGUAACUGCGUCUUCAGACAACCUGGCCCGGCUGUGGUGCGUGGAGACGGGGGAGAUCAAGCGGGAAUACAGCGGCCACCAGAAGGCCGUCGUCUGCCUGGCCUUCAACGACAGCGUGCUCGGCUGAGGAAGACGAGGAGGACGACGAACACACCAGCAAGCUGGUUCCUCACAGUGGAGGAGAGUUAAAGGUUUCCCUGCAGCAUCAUGGCCGCCUCAGGCUUUACAGGACAGACUUUAUCAGGCAGGAGGCGGAGAAGCAGAAGGUAAACCUCACAUUUCAACACGUUCCUGUAUUUAUUCACCACAACUGGACAUUCAGCUGAGCUCCAGAAGGGCUCACAUUGUGUCACGUUGCAGCAAACCUCAGAGCUCCUUAUUGGGACUUUAGAUGAAAAAACGCAGAAUUAUUGUGAAGAGGACAGAGAAAAAUACAAAAUAAAUCGCUUUCAUAUUCAGCCCAAAAUAAACAAAGGUUUGUAGAAUUACCCAGGUUUUUUCUGUAUGUCUCAUUUAAAGAAUUAAAGUUUUACAUCUGCUAUAAUCUGAUACCAGGAGUGUCAGUAUUAAGAGGCUGAACACAAAUGCACACCACACUUUUCAGAUUUUUGUUUCACUUCAAAGUGGUGCGUUAAUGUGUUGCAUAAAAUCCCAGUAAAGUUUCUAAAAGUUUGUGGUUGUGACGCGUCUGUGAUGCUCUCUGUUCAGAUCUGUUUCUCUGUGAAUAAACCAUUACAAAUGAUUUAAAA